UUGGACUUCCGCUUUGAGUUCAGCUAACUCAUCCAGCAGCUUGACUGUGUGUGUGUGUGUCCAACGCCUUACAACCACCGGAUUAACAACCUUCAAUCUUUAACUCAGCUUGUUCGAUUCAAACACCGGACACCGGGUUCUAACCGCGGCUGCCGUUAAACGUGACGUCACGCCAACACUAACGGUCGGUUAGCUCCGGUUCUUCCUUAACGUGCUACAAGGCUAACGUUAGCGUUAGCAGGUAUGGCGGAGGUUCCCGGGACAUCGAGUGAGACGAUCACGGAGACUGUCCAGACCAGCACGCCGCCGCCGCCCCAGCAGGAGGGACGGAGCCUGACAAUCAAGCUGAGGAAGAGGAAGACCGAGAAGAAGGUGGAGUGGUCCAGCGACACCGUCGACAAUGAACACCUGGGGAGAAGGUCUUCGAAAUGCUGCUGUAUCUAUGAGAAGCCUCGACAGUUCGGAGAGUCGUCGUCCGAGAGCGAGGGAGACGACGACGACGAAGGGUGCGGCAGCGCUCACUGUAUCCUGGGCCACGGCAGGAGAGACCACGGACAGACGGCGGGCGGGGGCACCACGGCGCCCCCAAACUCUGGAGGCUCACACGCCCACUAGCGAGCGCUGCAGGCUGGUUGUGUGUGGAGGGGUGGGGGGGUCUGAGGGGGUUUCUCAUCACGACAAAACUGCACUCUUUGUUUUUAGGUUAGCUCCAUCAAUGAGGUACAGACAGGACUGAUGCUGCGUUCCAAGGCAGGAGUCAGAAAGUCCAGCUGCUGCAGCGACAUUAAAACGUUACCACAGAGGGACAAAGACUACAAAUCACACACAUUACCGCUGAGCAGUUUCCCAAAGCGUGUUGGUGGAUGACACUCGGAUUUAUUCCACUAUGAAAAUAAACUUUGAGGUUUGUGAAUCCGUCACAGCGAACGUCACGUUGGCUUUUUUUUAAAAAAAUUAUCAGAGUUGUUGUGUGGAAAUGCGAUCAGGGAGUAUUAUUGUCACCAUCGAUUAAUCUGCUGACCGUCCGAAAGCCCAAAGAUGUUUCACGUCACAGUGUGAUCCAAUGCACAAACGAUUAUGAAGCUGAUAAUGUUUCAGUUUUUGUUGACGCUCUCAGAGAGGUGUUGAUUUAACUAUAAUGUUUACCACUGAGGGUACUGCUUCACACUGAGAGGUGUUUCUAAUAUUUUGUCUUUACAUACAUGAGAGGGAGACUGUGCAGCAGAAAGUAGAAUUAUGACCUCUCGGACAGUGUCAACAAAAACUGGAACAUGAUGAGCUUCAUAAAUGUAGAAUUUAUGACAGAGGAGUUGUGCUGGAUCACACUGGAUUGUACAAGCGUGCAUAAUAAAGUGGCCGGUCGGUGUGUAGAUAGACACUUUUACAACAAUAAUAAACCAAAAAAAUAUGAUAGAUUACAUAAGACAAGUUACAAGUCUCUACAAACAUGAUUUUUGCACCAUUUGGAGGUUAAAAAAUGAUUUAAAAAACCUAAAAGAGUGCAGUGUGCUUUGGAAACUAGUCAGCGAUGGUUAUGUAAAAGUGUGAUUAGUCAUGAAUGAGCUGGAACAGCACAGUUAAACGCUUGUAUGGUCGGUAAAACCAAACCAAAAACACGCAUUACUGAACUGAAAAGUGUCAUCACGUAACAGAUGAAACAUGUUUAAUGUUGUCCUGAUAUAAGUGAUAAGGAACGAGAGCAGCUGGCGAGUUUGUUUCUGCCCUUUUUAUGACACAUCACACUCAUGUUACGUUACAUAACCGCUGAGUGAACCGCUCUGGGAAGAAGUUCAGCAGUAAUGUCGAUGAGCAGUUAUUUGUCAUGAAUUCUCUGAAACUGGUUACGUCAUCGUAGAUCAGAUCAGAGUUUUGUCCGGUCUGUCCGUGCCGUGCGUGGAGUUCAGACAGGAAAUGCCACGGCGUUGCACUUUUCGCCCGACGGCAGCAGCAACAUAUUGAACUUUGUGACUCUGGAACGCAGCAUACAGAACGUUAUGAGAAGGUCACAGAGAGAGAGAGGCCAUGAAACGCUGUCCGGCUGUGUAUUUCCCUUUUUUUUUCUGACAAAGUGGCAGAGUUCAUUGUACAUAAUUCAGCAACAUUGUUGUUUUGUUUUUUAAUUUAUUUGCAGGUCUUAAGUCUGAAUUUGCUAACGCAGCAAUCACACUCUGUAUAGUAACGUAUGAUAAAGCAGUGUGUGGAAGACUGAAGGUUAGACAUCAACUUUUGUGACGAUUGCUGACAGAACUUAUAUAUAACGCAAGACUAAUUACAUCACAACCGCACGUUUUCAGAAGCGUCAGUAUGAUCUGUGAGACCCAGGUAAUCAGUAUUAGAGAGCCCGGCCCUGGUAUCUGUUCUUCUUCAUCUGUGGGUUAACUUGUUCGAACAGUUCUUCACACUUGUUUUAAAGUUUAGAGCCUAAAGGGAUCUUAAAGUUUGAGGAAUUUGAAGUAUCCGAAGUAAGUGCGUUACUGACAGGAGAAGCAGACAGGGUGAUCGGAAAACGGCCUUUUCUUUGUCGCUGACCGUCAUACUGGGGUUUUAAACUUUCUCUCCAUGAAACUUCGUUGAAAUAAACUUGACUCACUUUUAUUUACAAAAUAAUAGUUAAGAUAACUUGAAGAACUGAAUUAGCCGGAUGUGAAUAGCGAGAUUACUUCUAGUCUGGCUAAACUUGAAGUGAGCUUGGAUUAGUUAAGCCACACAUGAAGAAUGGGCGGCCCUGGAAACGGUAAACAAGACGGACUUGUUAAAGUCAAUCACUUCAGCUCAAAAGCUGCCAGUUAGCUCUCACCAAAGCUUUUAAUCUAUUUUAUUUUCCGAUGAAACCUCAUUAACAGAAGAGUGUUGGUAUUUUUAACUUCUAAAUCCUGGUUUUCAUUUGCUUGAUUGUUUUUUUUUUUUUUUUUUUUUUUUUUAGAUAAAUCCACUGGACAAUCCUUUAAAAACAAAAUUAUGUCAUUUCUGCAUCAUCGCUUUUUUUCUUUGCAUAGGAUUCAAUGAGUGAGGGCGGUUGGGGUCAUCAGCACCGGAUCAGAAUAAGAAAGCUCAUUUACCAUUAAUGCACUUAUUCACUUAACUGGACUUAAAUACUGGACCGUAGGUCCCCGUUUAAACUCAGCUGCAUGUUGUCUAUUAAAACAAACAAAUCUACAUUGUAUCAACUCUAUUUAAAGACGAUGGGUAUUUGUGCUUUUCCUGCUGUGCUCUGCAGACUGACUGACAUUUUUUUUUAUUGGGAUAAACUCGAUUUAAAAAAAAAUGCAGCAGCGCUCUGUGAUCGGAGGUCCAUUCCUGACCGGGCUGUACAUAUGUAACUGCAGCUAAUGUGGCGUAUAGAAGGAGGAGAGGUGACGGUGCAUGACUGCUGCUGGCCCGGGGGUUUGUUACUCAUGUCUCAGCUAUGACCAAAACUCACCUGAUGCAGUCUAAACCUCCAUCACCACCAUCAUCAUCAUCCAGUUUCAGACCAUGUUUGAAAUGUGACAGUAGUGUGGAUUACACUCCGUUCAUUUAUGCCAUCACUUUAUGUACUAUCUAUACACAUUGUUACAUAUGUACAUUGUUCUUGUACCGGUAAUGCACCUUUCUGUAUAUAUUAUGAAGCAUAAUAAGAGCAGAUUUAAUGUGAAUUAAAAGUUUUGAACUGUGAUUAAACUUACAAA